AUGCAGGGCUUCAACAUGGGACGCUACGUCCCGCCAGACCUCGAAGGCACAACCUCAGCCAACAAACUCCAUAAGAAACACGGCCUCGGCCAGCGCGCAUCCAAACUCGCCUCCCACGGCAUCCUCACGGUGCGCUUCGAAAUGCCCUUCCCCAUCUGGUGCACCUCGUGCCCCAAACCAACCAUCAUCGCCCAAGGCGUGCGCUUCAACGCCGAAAAGAAAAAAGCAGGCGCCUACUACUCCUCUCCCAUAUGGAGCUUCCGCUUCCGCCACGCCGCGUGCGGCGGGACCAUCGAGAUGCGGACCGACCCCAAGAACACCGCCUACGUCGUCGUGGAGGGGGCCACGAAGCGAGACACAGGCGAGGACAAGGGCCCGCGCGAAGGCGACGAGGCCCUGGCCAUCAUGACCGACCAGGAGCGCGAGGCCCUGCGCAAGAACGCCUUUGCGAGCCUGGAAAAGACCAUCGAGGACAGGGAGAGGCUGAAGGCGGCCACCCAGAGGAUCGACGGGCUGCUCGACGCCCAGGCCAAGUUCUGGGACGACCCGUACGCGCAGAACCAGAAGCUGCGGAGGGCGUUUCGCGCCGGCCGCAAGGAGAGGGAGCGAGAGGCCGAGCGGGCCGAGGACCUCAAGGACAGGAUGAGCCUGGGCAUCGACCUUGUCCCCGCGACGGAGCACGACGCCACGAGGGCUGCCCUGAUCGACUUUGGCCCGGGGGAGGAUGGGCAAGCCGCGCAGAGGGCGCUGGCGAGGCCGUUGUUUCAGACGGCUGGUGGUGACGGAAACGGAACGGGCGACAGGGACGCUGCGAGGAACAAAAGUAGCUUUGUCGCUGACAUUAUGAACAAUACGCGUUGGGCAAAGGAUCCCUUCUUACAAAAGAAGGACGGCGUCAAGACGGCGCGGAUCCAGGGCGUCAAGAGGAAGAGGACCGAUGACGAGGACAGGAAUCCCUCGCCUGACAAGGAUGCGAGGAGUGCUUCUGCAUUGGUGGAAUAUGAUUCUGACUGA